AUGUGCGCGCUUUCUAAAUUGUUAUGACUCUCGCGAAGAAUGGUAAUGUUUUUGAAGAGGAAAACACCCAUUUGAUGUGACAACCUAUACAACCAAAACCCGUCUCGGUAGAUAGCGAUUGCCGCUUUCCAGUUUGAUGUCUCAGUGUUGAUCAACAGAGGAACAAAAGUGGAAUUACCAUCUAAGGGUUUUUCGAGCAAACAUAUCUCGAUUUAUCUGAAAUCUUGAUAAAACUUGACRAAAAGGCGCGAAAUGGAGAUAAUUUUAAUUUUCGUCCGAAGAUUUGUGAAUUGAUAGGCUGCAUGCAUGAAAGCAAGUGGCGGGAAAAUAUGAUGUGAAUUAAUGGUGUUUAUGGAUAAGGCGCAUGGCAACCUUCGGUAAACACAGCCAGGUCGACCAAGCAUUCCAACGACUKCUGUCAUGUUUAGAGGAGAUUCGAAACCAGCUCGACAACAAACAAGAUGACUUCAUGUUUUUGAACAAUUAUUUCAGCAGUCAAGAGUUUCAAACACUUUUUAAGGUUCAUAAUGUAGUCACCUUUACUGAGUCACAGCGGAAAGAACCAGUCAACAACAGUGCAUUGGAUCUUUUGCAAGAGAUUUGCGAUGAUCUUAAUGAAACAAUCGACGGUGAAGAUGCACAUGAGCUCAAAGGUCUACUCAUGCUUCCUCAUUUGCAAGCUUUGCUACUGGCCCAUGAUCGAAUCGCUGCCAAUGAUSUUCCAACCACUGAGCAAAGCGAAACUCUUUACACCUCUCCAAAGAUACCAAACCAGACAUACGGCACAGGAGUACCUGUUAAAUACAUCACACUCAUAAAGAGUGGCAACGAUCCUUUAGGCGCCACAGUUGUUCAAGACCCAGACACUGGCGACAUUAUGGUCGCAAGAAUAUUACAUGGAGGUGUAGUCGACAGAAGUGGAACUCUUCAAGUAGGUGACGUCAUUCAAGAGAUCAACGGCACAAACGUCCAUGGGAAAACAACUGAUGAAGUCGUUGAGAUUAUGGAGAAACUGCUAGGAUCAGUGAUGUUUAAAGUAAUUCCGGGUACUCAAGAUAAGAAACUACAAAAUGAAAGCAAUAAAUUUCGUCUGCGAGCCYUGUUCAAUUACGAUCCCAGCGAGGAUGAGUUGAUACCAUGUAAAGAAGCAGGAAAGCCGUUCAAACAAGGUGACAUUUUACACGUGGUGUCACGAGACGAUCCUAAUUGGUGGCAGGCAAAAGAAGAAGGUUUCGCUGGUGCUCCUAUAGGUCUUAUUCCCAGUAAACAAUUCCAGGAAAAGCGUUUUAUAUUCGAUAAGAUACUGCGUGCUGAAAAACAGAAUCAAAACAGAAAGGACGGCAUCAGAUCAAUAUUACAAUUCAAGAAACGAAGAAAAAGUGCUUCACUCAGAGAUAAACGUGAAUUAGAAAAAGAACAAGAUAAUGUUUUAACAUACGAAGAGGUUGCCCUUUACACUCCUAACAACAACAARCAAAGGCCAAUUCUACUCAUAGGUCCCCACGGUGUAGGGAGAAACGAGCUUAAGAAAAGACUACUCGCUAGUGACAAUGAACGCUUUGCAACUGCRGUCCCGCAUACUUCAAGACGAAUUCGUCCCUAUGAGACMGAUGGGAAAGAAUACAACUUUGUGUCAAGAACAACAAUGGAAAACUACGACCAAAAUAACAAAUUUAUAGAAUACGGGGAGUACAGAAAAUGCUUGUAUGGUACAUCUAUAGAUUCUAUUAAGCGAGUGCUCAAGACAGGGAAGAUUUGUAUUAUCAAAAUACAGCCCCAGGCAAUAAAAAUAUUACGACAAAAGGAAUACAARCCGUACAUAGUGUACAUUAAACCACCAACUCUUGAGAAACUCAAGGCCACGAGAAUAACCGUGAAAUCAAAGGCUGACAAGAAACAAGGACAGAGAAUAUUUAAGGAAGAUGACUUACAAGAAAUGAUCAAAGCUGGCGAAAUAAUAGAAAAAGAGUAUGGACACUAUUUUGAUGAAAUCAUUGUUAACGAUGACCUCCAAGUUGCUUAUUUUGAACUAAACAAUGCCAUAGAACGAGUUACUAGUGAAGCAUUAUGGGUACCAGCCGAAUGGAUAUGAGUASCACAGGAAGCCCAAAGUCCUA